AUCCGCUCCCCCUUAAGGUUACUUAUAACUUGUCUUUCCCUUCUCCGGCGUUCAUUCUUUUCCUUUCCUUUCCUUCUUUAUCCGUCCCACUGCUUUUCUUAUUCCGGCCACCAACUCUUUGGCAUAGUUUCUUAUCAUUAGAUUAGAGUGUGAGAGAGGUCUCACCAAUCAUCACUAUGGCUACCAAGAAGCCCAACAUUCUCUACAUCAUGGCUGACCAGAUGGCUGCUCCCCUUCUGGCCUUCCAUGACAAGAACUCUCCCAUUAAGACCCCUAACCUAAACCGGCUGGCGGAUGAGGGUGUCGUCUUCGACUCGGCCUACUGUAACUCUCCGCUAUGUGCCCCGUCACGUUUCGUUAUGGUGACCGGCCAAUUGCCCUCCAAGAUCGGAGCCUACGAUAACGCCGCCGACUUACCCGCUGACAUCCCCACUUAUGCCCAUUAUCUGCGCCGUGAGGGCUACCACACCGCACUGGCGGGAAAGAUGCAUUUCUGUGGCCCCGACCAACUGCACGGUUAUGAGCAGCGUUUGACGAGUGACAUCUACCCCGGUGACUAUGGCUGGUCGGUCAACUGGGAUGAGCCAGAAAUUCGUCUCGACUAUUAUCACAACAUGUCCUCUGUCAUGGAGGCCGGUCCUGUGGUGCGGACCAACCAGCUUGACUUCGAUGAGGAAGUUAUCUACAAAUCUACCCAGUAUCUCUACAACCAUGUCCGCCAGCGCGGUGAUCAGCCAUUCUGUCUGACGGUGUCUAUGACUCACCCUCAUGACCCUUAUGCCAUGACCAAGGAAUUCUGGGACAUGUAUGAAGAUGUUGACAUUCCCUUGCCGAAAAAUGGCGACAUGCCACAAGACCAGCAGGAUCCCCAUUCGCAGCGUGUUUUGAAGUGCAUUGACUUGUGGGGCAAAGAAAUGCCGGAAGAACGGAUCAAGGCCGCCCGCCGCGCCUACUAUGCGGCUUGUACCUACGUUGAUACUAACGUCGGUAAACUGUUGAAGGUCCUGGACGAUUGCGGCUUGACCGACGACACAAUCAUCGUUUUUACUGGUGACCACGGAGACAUGUUGGGCGAGCGCGGACUCUGGUACAAGAUGGUCUGGUACGAGAACUCCGCGCGUGUGCCCAUGAUCGUGCAUGCGCCCAAGCGUUUUGCCGCCAAGCGUGUUCCCCAGAAUGUAUCGACGAUGGACCUGUUGCCCACCUUUGUCGAUCUGGUCGGCGCGCAGUUGGUUCGGGAAUUGCCCCUGGACGGUGUGUCGUUGAUUCCAUACCUGACCGGCGAGGACGGUCUCAAAACCGAUACUGUAUUGGGCGAGUACAUGGGUGAAGGGACACAAUCGCCAGUUGUGAUGAUUCGUCGCGGCCGCUGGAAGUUCGUGUACUCCCUGAUUGACCCACCCAUGCUCUUCGAUGUGGAAACAGACCCUGAAGAAAAGGUGAACCUGGCGGCUGGCUUGCCCGUUCCGGUGCGACUCAAUGCAGCCAAAUCUAUCUCAGGAUCGCAGUUGCAGCCGGCGUCCUUGCCUACUCCCGCUGAGUCUCCGCGUGUAUCGCCUCGACCACAGCGUGGCACAUCGUCCGCAUACCCAUUCCCUAGUCCCCCACGCACUCCUAGUCCAGGUAAAGAAGUGCCUGAAAUGCCGACCACUACCGAGCCUGCCAAGAUCCUGGCAUACUUCCUGGAAGAAGCACAAGCCCGCUGGGAUUUGGAGAGCAUCACCGAAGAUGUGCUGCGGUCACAGCGCCGGCGACGCCUCGUUUACUCGGCUUUGAUCCAGGGCAACCCGGCUAUUUGGGACUACGAGCCGCGUAUUGACCCCAGCACACAAUACGUGCGCAACCAAGGCAAGGGUGUUUUGGACGACGUUGAAUUUAUCUCUCGCUGGCCCCGUGUGUUGCAGCAAGCCGCCAGUGCUAUGGGCACCAAGGUUUGAGUCUAUUGAACAAGCAGCUUGGGGGAAUAAAAAAAAAAAAAGGAAACGGAAAAGAAUAUUAUUUGAGAACUCGGCAUGGUUCUGCUUCCACGUUUAUUCAUUCAUAUUUUGUUUUUGGUUUUGGAUAUGUUCCGAUGAGCUUGAUUUCCUGAUGAUUUAGUUAGCGAGGCGCUAUACCCGGCAUUGUUUGCAUUCCCAGCGUUUGCUCGAGUCUGUAUCGAUUGGUGAAUGCUUUUUAUUCGGGAUCUCUGGCAGAUUGGUACGGCAGUGCUGUACAUAGGAAUAUAGGAGAGAGGCUGCCUGCGUGUAUGAUAGACCAGAAUGAGCGACAGAAUGAAUGUACAAGAAAGAUACUAAAUCUGUGGAGAGAGAAGCGGGUCUCAUUACGAAUUGGUUGGUGACUCACCCGGCGAUUGGUUCCGUAUUUCGGGGUUUGAUUGAUAUCCCAUCUUUAAAAUCCCCACAUCCACUCUUGGCUUCCUCAACAAUCAACAGAGCAAACAA